GGAAGAAGCAGGUCCAGCAGGUAGUGGCACAGGUGGAGGUCUGAAUCAAGGACCUCCUGUGGAGAUAUCCGCUAUAGGACUUGUAGGACUAGGAAAUCAGCAACGACAUCUCAUCGGACGAAGAGACACGUUUAUGCGGGUUGACACACGCUGCUCUGGAGUGAGCGGGAUUCUUAGCAGUUCAGCUUCAUCAAGAACACCUGCUUCUACUUCAUCCUCUUCUUCCAGCAAUGGUGGUGGUCCAGUGGUACUAAAGAGAGAAGAUCAAGAUUGUGGCAAUAACAACCAAAACCACAAGCAGAUCCAACGACAAGAGUCGGAAGAAGCGUACUCGUCUAGUCCUCCUGCAAGUUGUAAAGCUGUGGCUAAGUAUAUGUGCUCAAAUUGCUACACCUUAAUUGGAAUGACGUUGCGGGAUGAGCAGAGUACUGAAGAGAGGAAAGAUCAGAGUUCUGCAGAGAGGAAAGAUCAGACUCCUGCAGAGAGGAAAGAUCAAGAUCUCCAAGAUCAAGAUCUCGAAGUCCAAGAACGCAAGGGAGAACAUAAGAGUAAAUUUUUGCUAUCCAUUGGCCUGGUUGUUUCUUCGUCUCCAACAUCUUCAAGUCUCUCUUCCCCGACCAAUGUUAAUGUGCCUACAACCACGACGGCUGGAAAUUUUGGCGCGUUGGCGGUAUCUACCUUCCUCCCGAAUAGCAGCACUCCGCCAGCACCCUCCGCGCCGUGUUGCCGCACCUUCAAUUACGCUUACCCUGAGCAAAGAGCCUGUUGGGCUCAUAUAUUGCGUGCGAGGCAGACGCAAACUAUGCUAAACCGAAAGAUGGAUGAUUAAGGCCCUUGGAGGUUGUUGACAUAUUAUCUAAAACAAAGCAUAUCUAUGACGACCUUUUCAAGGGGAAAGAGGAUAGAUAUGCGACCUAGAUCGGUCAACUUGCAACCCCUAAGAUGAGGUGGAACAAAGGAUUAUGCUCCGACUCAUGUCCGAGAGUGCUCAGGCGAGACAUCUGGCGCGCACUAAUUCAACAUCUGCAUCUUCUAGAAGAUCAUUUGGACUCGGAGGUGGGCGUAUUAAUCGAACUCCUGGUGUACAACAGUCGAGGGCCAACGAAAACACAAGUACAACAACUCUUCUUGGUAAAAAUAUGUCGGGAAACAUCAACGCCAGCAUUGAGCAUCAAACGCUUCCUCCUAACGGGGCAGACGGUGGUGGAUUGAAUGACGUACUUGACGGUGGUUUACUGGAUGAUUUAAGCAGUGACGAGAACGACCUUGUUGUGAGACGGCCUGGUGCGAGAAGACCUUCAUGCAGUAGUAAACCUCCUCCACCAACCGACUUGUUCUAUCGUGGUUCUUGUCUUUGUGGACAUUCCGUUUUUGAGGCGUUCUUGUUUCCACCUGAGAUCCAGCACUGCUAUUGCAGUAUGUGUCGGAGAUUUUCCGGGUCCGCGUUCCAGACGUGGGCACCCACACAGUUUGGCUUCUUCAAGUGGGUGGAGGCGAAAGAUUUGAAAGUUUUGGAGACGUCACGUUACGCCAGUCGACACGUCUGCAAGCGUUGCGGCACGCAUUUGACCAUAAAAUACGACUCCCAACAGGCUUUGUGGCUUGCCAUGGGAGCGUUUGAUUUCGCGCAUGAAAAUAAGUUUCGGAAGGAAAGUCGAGCUGUUGUUCGUAGUGCUUCACCAACGAAGAAACACAGUAGAGACCACCAACCUGCUCAACCUAUUCGACUUCUACCAGCUGAAGAGGAUGAAAAGGACCAAGAGCAAUCCAAUAAAGGACGAGGACAAAUACAAAAUCACGACUACAAGACUCCCUCUAGCCCAGCACUGGAACAAGAAGAUGGUCUUGUGCAACCGGCAGCAAAGAGAAGAAAGCUAUCGACUGCCUCAGCACCCGAUGCUAGUGGUUGGAUCCGCGAUGUAUCCACGGAAGUUGAUAAAAAUAAAAAGACGAUUGGUCAUAUUAACCAAACAACUACAGCAGUUAAAGAGCAGCCUGUUGAUACACAAAUAAGGCAAACUGAAGCAGACAUUGUGAUUGAUCUCACAUCAUCACCAUCACCUGUUCCCGCCACUGACAAGAUUGAAAACGGCCCAACAAAAAGGCGAGUAGAAGUCGUAAAUUAUGAGUUGCCAGUCCCGGAAAUGCUGGAGCGGCCUACUUCUCUUGAGACGGGACCUACAGUAGAGGAUGCGGAGUCUUGGGUGUCUAAUAACAUCGGCAGAGUUUGUCAUAUUUGUGUAGGGUCACGCUCAUUCUACACUCAGAUUCCAUCAGAUAACUUUGAAAAGAAAAUUUACGCUGGUUGAUGAUUUCGAUUUCCACCAUCUUCAACAAAUGAAACAAGAACAAGGCAUGGC